AUGGAAGCUGAAACUCAACGUAAAGUUGAAGACAUGGUGUUGGAUAUUCUCAAAAAAUGCAACAUUGAAGAAGCCACUGAGUUCACUGUCCGACUCGCCGCUUCCGAACGACUCGGUAUCGACCUUUCCGACUCACACAGCAAACUAUUCGUCAGAAACAUCAUCGAGUCUUACCUUAUCUCCAUCGCCACCGACGAAAAACCGGUUCCGGAGGAACCGCCACAAGUUUCCACCGAGACAGUGAAUGUGAUACACAAUGAACCGCCACAAGAGUUGAAUAAGGUGAUGGGAGUGAAACGCAAAAACGACGAUUCUGAAGACAUUAUUUGUCAGCUAUCAACCAAGAGGAAUGUGACUGUCCGAGAUUUCAAAGGGAUGCCAUUGGUGUCAAUUAGGGAGUUCUAUCUAAAAGAUGGAAAACAGCAUCCCACUGCUAAAGGGAUAGGUUUACCUUCUGAACAAUGGUCAACCUUCAAGAAUAGUGUUCCUGCCAUCGAGGAAGCUAUCACAAAGUUGGAAGGAAGGAUAAGAUCAGGGCAUAAUGGCUGGAAAAAUGGAGAAGUUUCAAGUUCAGUUGCUGAUGUUCCUGUUGAGCCUGUGCAUAUUAAGCCUGUGCCCAUUGAGCCUGUGCCCAUUGAGCUUGUCUCCAUUGAGCCUGUGCCCAUUGAGCCUGUCUCUAUUGAGCCUGUGCCCAUUGAGCCUGUCUCUAUUGAGCCCGUGCCCAUUGAGCCUGUCUCUAUUGAGCCUGUGCCCAUUGAGCCUGUCUCUAUUGAGCCUGUGCCCAUUGAGCCUGUGCCCAUUGAGCCUGUCUCUAUUGAGCCUGUGCCCAUUGAGAUUGACCCUAUUGAGAUCGUCCGUUUUGAUGGGAAGAAUUACCAAGUUUGGGCUGAACAGAUUGAAUUACUCUUGAAACAGUUAAAGAUUAGUUAUGUGCUUACCGAGCCAUCCCCAAUUGCUACAUCAGGGGAAAACAAUGAUAGUGCUGAAGAAAUUUCUAAAACCAAAGCUGCUGAAAAGAUAUGGGUAAAUGAUGAUUUAGUGUGUCGUCGCAACAUCUUGAGCCAUUUAGCUGAUAGUCUAUUCAACAAGUAUGCAAAUAGAAAAAUGAGUGCUAAGGAGUUAUGGGAAGAAUUGAGAUAUGUUUAUCUGAUCGAGGAAUAUGGAACCAAGAGAUCUCAGGUGAAAAAGUAUAUUGAAUUUCAAAUGGUUGAUGAAAAAGCAGUUGCUGAUCAAAUUCAAGAACUUAAUCGCAUUGCAGACUCUAUUGCUGCUGCUGGAAUGCAUAUAGAGGAGAACUUUCAUGUCAGUGUCAUCAUUUCAAAGCUUCCACUAUCAUGGAAAGACUUUUGCAUCAAGUUAAUGUGUGAGGAGCAUCUACCUUUCUGGAUGUUAAUGGAGCGCAUAACAAUAGAGGAAGAAUCUCGCAAUGGAGUCCAACAAGUUGGCGAACCUCCUUCAGAUAAUGUAAGAUUUCUCCAUGCCAAUAAAGGCGGAAUCAAGGGGGCUGACAUUAAGCCGGUACCAGGUUUUCCAAGGAAGUUUGAACCUAAUGGCAAGAACAAAACCUGUUAUAUUUGUGGUCAAAGGGGGCAUAUUUCUAAAUACUGUAGAUGGCUGUAA